GCUUGUGGAGGAAGGCAGGAUGGAGUAGUGAGAGAAAGUCAAGAGAAAUCUGCAUAUUUCCAAUAAACAAACACAGGAAUUUAACCGCAGAGCGGAAUAAAUAUAAAACAUGAAGCGAGAUGUCAGGAUACUUUUGCUGGGGGAACCCAAGGUUGGGAAGACAUCCCUGAUCAUGUCCCUGGUUGGGGAGGAGUUCCCUGAGGAGGUUCCUUCCCGUGCGGAAGAAAUCACCAUUCCAGCAGACGUGACGCCAGAGAAAGUCCCCACACACAUAGUCGAUUAUUCAGCGGCAGAGCAGUCGGAUGAGAUCCUGCAUGAGGAGAUCGUCAAGGCCAGUGUGAUUUGUGUGGUGUACGAUGUAACCAAGGAGGAUACCAUUGAAAAGAUCAGAACGAAAUGGAUCCCUUUAGUAAACGGAGGAGCUGAAAAGGGAAAGAAAGUUCCAGUCAUCCUGGUUGGGAAUAAGUCUGAUUUGCAGUCAGGAAGCUCCAUGGAGUCCAUCCUUCCCAUUAUGAACCAGUUCUCUGAGAUCGAGACCUGUGUGGAGUGCUCCGCGAAGAACCUGAAGAACAUCUCUGAGCUUUUCUACUACGCCCAGAAAGCUGUUCUGCACCCCACUGCACCUCUGUAUGACCCUGAGGAGAAAGAGCUGAGGCCUCUGUGUGUUCAAGCCCUGAGCCGGAUCUUUACCAUCUCGGACCAGGACAGCGACGGGAUCCUCAGCGACGAAGAGCUCAACUUCUUCCAGAAAUCGUGCUUCGGCAGCCCGCUGGCCCCUCAGGCUCUGGAGGAUGUGAAGAGCGUGGUGUGGAAGAACACCAGCGAGGGCGUGCAGGACAACGGCCUCACGCUGACCGGGUUCCUGUUCCUGAACACACUGUUUAUCCAGAGGGGCCGGCACGAGACCACCUGGACUAUCCUGAGGAAGUUCGGCUACGACGACUCGCUGGAGCUCACGGACAACUACCUGUACCCUCCACUGCGAGUCCCCCACGGUUGCACCACGGAGCUGAAUCACUUCGGCUACCAGUUCAUCCAGAAGCUGUUUGAGAAGUAUGACGUGGAUAAGGACAUGGCGCUGUCUCCAUCAGAGCUGAAGAAUCUGUUCAGCGUGUUUCCUUACACGCCCUGGGGCGCAGACGUCUAUUCCACAGUGUGCAGUAACGAGAAGGGGUACAUCUCCCAGCACGGCUAUCUAUGCCAGUGGACGUUGACGGCGUACCUGGAUGUCCAUCGAUGUAUGGAGUACCUGGGAUACUUUGGGUACCCGGUACUCACAGAGCAGGAUUCCCAGACUGAAGCGAUAACAGUCACUAGGGAUAAGAAGGUAGACCAGGAGAAAGGACAGACACAGAGGAACGUGUUCCUUUGCAAGGUCAUCGGACCCAGAGGCACGGGGAAAUCAGCAUUCCUGCAGGCCUUCCUGGGCAUGAACCUGACGAAACAGCAGAGCGCUGCAGGAUUGUCUUCCUACUACACUAUCAAUACCGUGCAAGUCAACAGCCAGGACAAGUAUUUAAUUCUGUAUGAAGUGGACGUUGACACAGAGUUUCUGAAAGCCUCGGACGCUGCCUGUGACGUGGCCUGCCUGAUGUACGAUGUCAGUGACCCCAAGUCCUUUAACUACUGUGCCAGCAUCUUCAAGCAACACUACAUGAACAGCGGGAUCCCUUGCGUGCUCGUGGCCUCUAAGUCAGAUUUGCUGGAGCAGAAGCAGCAGCACGGUCUGUCUCCCUCGGAGUUCUGUUACAAGCAUCGGCUCCCUCCUCCCGUUCCCUUCUCCUGCUCCGAACAGGACUCUCCCAGCACACUCCUCUACUCCAAGCUGGCUCUGGCUGCAAUGUUCCCGCACCGUAACGGCUCAGAACUCAGCACAACUUCCUUCUGGCUGCGGGUGACGCUGGGAGCCGCUGUGUUCACAGUCCUGGGAUUCACACUCUACAGAGCCUUCGUUAGACAGAAAUAGAGACGGACAUGGUGCUUCCCUGACUGCAGAAAGACUGGCCUGUCCAACACGACACAGCCAGCCUUAUGGGUCGACACAUAAACACUGAAAACUAAACUCUACAGUCUAGAGAACGGCUGGUCGUUUAUGUAACAAAUAUUGAUUUCUCCUAUCUUCAGAAGCCAGCCCCAAAGCCUUAGUCUUUUAAACUAGACUAAUAAUAAUAAUCAAUUAAAAAAGCCUUUUAAUGCUACUUUCUACAGAAUGGCCCCAAAUAAUCUCUCUAUAGAAUGAUUUGCCAAAACACACAAAUCUGAAAAAGAAAAAAAGAAGACAUCAGGCCACCCAUGACUCUGGUUAUAAUGAAACAAAUACAGAACACACACACCAAGUAUCUGGACAGUACUGUGCCAAAACCAAAUUUGUCAUGCCUCAUGAUUUCAAAAUCUAUUGAAUUUAAUUGAGGAAAGACGGACAAAUGAAAAUCAAAAACAUACACAUUCCGUAAUCUACCGAAUAAAAACGGUAAACACAUGGCCUGCGUAACUUAAGUGAUUUCAUAAAGAACGAGUAAUCGAUCAUUAAGGUACAGCAAAUGCAUUAUUUCCACUGUCUGCGGAAGCAAGUGAUGAAUCUCGCCCCUUGCCGUCAUGCGUGACUCGCUAGCUACAAGAUAGCUAACCCCACACUGUAACAGUAACACAGUCGCACAUGCGUACAGUGCACAGUUCAUCUCUCGCUUCACACAAGGUGCUGAAACGCAUACAGAAAUGGAAAUGAGGAAUACUUCCCCCAGGUGUGGGGCCGUCAGUCUUGUUUAAAUGCACAGUGGGGACUUCCAGUGGUACAGUAAAGGAAUGUACAGGACAGAACGCUGCCCGGGAUGUGAAAUACUGGUUCAUCCUCCGAGUUUAUCGUUCUGUGUUGAAACAAGCCUCGAAUGCAAGUUCCAUCUCCAGCUGUAUUUCAUUGUCUGUCUAAAACAGUGUUCAGCUAAUUCAGAAAGGGUUAUUGAUGCACAUUGUAGUUUCCCCUGCUUUAAUUUCUCCUGCAGUCUACCUGGCUUGUCCACCGCAAAUAAUGUACAGCUGUAUGAAACGUUAAAAU